CGGCACCCGCUUUAUAAAGGGCGAGCCGGGGCGCUGCUCGGCGUCGUCAGAAGAGCGGGCGGGAGGGGUAGGGCAGGUGAAGCAGGAGCGCGGAGGGCAGGCAGGACGGAGCCGGCAGGGCGCGGUGAUGGAGCUGCUACGGACUAUCGCCCACCCACCGGGCGGCGGCGGUGCCAAGUGCUGCGAGGCGGCCGCGGGCAGAGCGGCCGGGGGCGAGUCGCGCAGGAAGAAGGCGGAGGAGCCGCCGCACCAGCAGCCGCACCAGCACGGCCACCCCGCGGCCGAGGUCUCCCGGAUUAUUACCGACCCCACGACGGGGAAGCGCUACUGCCGCGGCAAGGUGCUCGGAAAGGGUGGAUUUGCCAAAUGUUACGAGAUGACAGAUUUGACAACGAAUAAGGUUUAUGCUGCGAAAAUCAUUCCUCACAGCAGAGUAGCAAAACCUCAUCAAAGGGAGAAGAUUGAUAAAGAGAUUGAGCUGCAUAGGAUGCUUAAUCAUAGACAUGUUGUGCAGUUUUAUCACUACUUUGAAGACAGAGAGAAUAUUUACAUUCUUCUGGAAUACUGCAGUAGAAGGUCAAUGGCUCACAUCUUAAAAGCGAGGAAGGUAUUGACCGAACCAGAAGUACGAUACUACCUCAGGCAAAUUGUGUCAGGGCUGAAGUAUCUUCAUGAACAGGAAAUCUUACACAGGGACCUUAAACUAGGUAACUUCUUCAUCAAUGAGAACAUGGAACUGAAGCUGGGUGACUUUGGCUUGGCAGCUAGGCUGGAACCACUGGAGCACAGGAGGAGAACAAUAUGUGGCACACCAAAUUACCUCUCUCCAGAAGUCCUCAACAAACAAGGGCACGGCUGUGAAUCUGAUAUAUGGGCCUUAGGCUGUGUAAUGUAUACAAUGCUGUUGGGAAGACCCCCAUUUGAGACUACAAAUCUUAAAGAAACAUACAGGUGUAUAAGGGAAGCAAGAUACAGCCUGCCGUCAUCUCUCUUGGCACCUGCAAAACACUUGAUAGCUAGCAUGUUGUCAAAAAACCCUGAAGAUCGGCCCAGUUUAGAUGAAAUAAUUCGACAUGAAUUCUUCUUACAGGGCUUUACACCUGAUAGACUUUCUGCAAGCUGUUGUCACACCGUCCCUGAUUUCCAUUUGUCAAGUCCUGCUAAAAAUUUCUUCAAAAAAGCAGCUGCUGCUCUCUUUGGGGGUAAAAAGGAUAAGGCCAGAUACUUCGACACACAUAACAGGCUAGCUAAAGAAGAUGAAGAAAUCUACAAGCUCAGGCAUGAUUUGAAGAAGACCUCGAUAACCCAGCAGGCCCCCAAACACAAGACAGAUGAGGAGAUUCAGCCUCUUAUCACAACAGUGGUGAAGCCUGGAGCAUUGCCAGAAACUAAGCAGAUUGGAGACUCCAUUCGGAUGAUAGUCAGAGGAACUUUGGGAAGCUGCAGCAGUAGCAGUGAAUGUUUGGAAGACAGUACCAUGGGAAGUGUUGCUGAUACAGUUGCAAGAGUAUUGAGAGGAUGUCUGGAGAACAUGCCAGAAGCAGACAGCAAUCCCAAAGAACAGCUGACAGCAUCCUUCCAGUGGGUUACAAAAUGGGUGGACUACUCCAACAAAUAUGGCUUUGGGUACCAGCUGUCAGAUCAUACUGUUGGUGUCCUCUUCAACAAUGGGGCACAUAUGAGCCUUCUGCCAGACAAAAAGACAGUGCACUACUAUGCUGAGCUAGGCCAAUGCUCUGUCUUCUCAGCCACAGAGGCUCCUGAGCAAUUCAUUAGCCAAGUAACUGUGCUGAAGUAUUUCUCUCACUAUAUGGAGGAGAACCUCAUGGAUGGAGGAGAUUUGCCCAGCCUGACAGAUGUACGCCGGCCCAGGCUUUACCUCUUACAGUGGCUCAAAUCUGAUAAAGCACUGAUGAUGCUUUUCAAUGAUGGCACGUUUCAAGUGAACUUCUACCAUGAUCACACAAAAGUCAUAAUUUGCAAUCAGAGUGAGGAAUAUCUCCUUACCUACAUAAAUGAAGACAGGAUAUCCACAACGUUUCGUCUGACAACUCUUCUGGUUUCUGGAUGUUCAUUGGAACUAAAACACAGAAUGGAAUAUGCUCUCAAUAUGCUGCUGCAGCGAUGUAACUGAAGGAACUAACUCUGUUAAACCAAAUGGACUCUCUUGUUCACUGUGAAUCUACAGUGGAGAUGGUGGAGCAACUAGUAUGUUGAUGAUGGAUGUGUGGUGGUACGAAAACUGGACUGUCCAAGUGUGCUGGGCGCACAUCUAUUAGAAGCCUAAACCUGCUUCUUGGACUAAAUUGUUGUGACAAGGAGUUCUUCGGAUCAUAGUUUUCCUUGCUUCAUGUGUGUUAAAGAUAUAUUUGACUUGAACUCGGAGCAGAGUGUGUCUGUUUGCUCUGUAAGAGAGCAUCUCUGAUGGAGUUAAACUGUGAAUGCACAUCUGGAAAGGGAGGGAAGGGAGAGCUCCGUUGUUGGGGAUAAUUGUAACAAGCAGCUUCUGGUUGCUUAACUGUGAACUAUGGCCAUACUGUUUUUUUUUCCUUAUUUUUCAAAAAUACCCACACUUGUGGCUGGCAAAGUGCAUUCCUUGUUAAUUUUUUUUUUUUAAUUUAUUACAGCCUAAAGUGAAGUAUUUAUUACUUUUUUUUUUGAACCUUGGCAUUUUAAAUAUAAAUCUGUUGGCAAUAAAGAAUGGAAAUCUGAA